AUGCCACAAAUAAUCCGCAUCUGCAUGCUAAACGCAGACACCCCCGUCCCAGCCGUAAUCGCCAAAAACAAUACCACCCCCACUUACGGCCGCAUCUUCCACCACCUCCUCUCCACCGCCGCUACCAACCUCUCCAAAACACCAGACUCUCACCACGGAGCCACAACAAUCACAUCCAUAGAUUUCAACGUGGUAAAAAACGAAUACCCCCCUUCCCUGUCCGCCUUCGACGCAAUCGUCAUCUCCGGCUCUGCAAACUCCGCCUACGACAACAUCCCCUGGAUCCACAAACUAGCCCGCUGGCUCAAAGACGUGUACGACAAGGAGCCGCGUGUUAGGAUUUUUGGCAGCUGCUUUGGACAUCAGAUUGUGACUCUGGCGUUACUGGGGCGGUAUGGGGUUAGGGUUGAGAAGGAUCCCCAGGGCUGGGAAUUGGGUGUUGGGGAGAUUACGCUCCAGGCUAAUUUUCUGCGGCGGUUCUGUGGCGGGGAUGGGGAUGUGGAUGGUGAAGGGAAAAAAUUGAGAUUGCAAUUCGUGCAUCACGAUCAUGUUGUUAUACCCGACAGUUCUACGCUACCGCCGUCUUGGAUGGUGGUGGGUAGUACGCAGCAUUGCGCCGUACAGGGCUUGUAUGAAGCUGGUCGCGUGUUUACUUUACAAGGCCACUUUGAGUUUGAUAGGUUUGUUAAUGCGGAGACUGUGAAGUUUUUCUUUCCGGAGUGGCAGCCCAAGGUGCUGGAGGGGGCGUUGGAGGCAAUUGAUCAGGAUGAUGAUGCUGUGAGGGCGGCGGAGAUGGUUGUGAGGUUUUUUCUUGAGGGCGGUGGGGGGAUAGGUAGGGGGAGGGGGGUUGGUAGGUUUGUGGGUGAGGUGAGGGAGUAG